AAGAGAAACAGGAGAGGAGAGGAGCUGAGCAAACCGGUGUUGUGUCCGCAUGGGAGCUGAUUACUGCUGUGCACUAUUUCAGACUCGAGCGUGAUUUCCCGGCCGCGGUUUGGAGACACUGUGCCGGAUACAGGAUGAUGAAAUUUCGGUUCAGGCGACAGGGCAAUGACCCUCAGAGGGAGAAAGUCAAGCAGGACCUUUUUGCCUUUAAUAAGACUGUUGAACAUGGAUUCCCCAGUCAGCCCAGUGCUCUGGCCUAUGACCCCAAACUGCAACUAAUGGCCAUUGGAACUAAAUCAGGAGCCAUCAAAGUAUAUGGGGCUCCUGGAGUGGAGUUCACUGGACUUCAUAAGGAGAUUGCUACUGUCACACAGAUACACUUCCUCCAUGGACAGGGAAGGAUCGUGUCCCUGCUGGAUGAUAACACUUUACACUUGUGGGAGAUUGUGCAGAAGGGUUUGUGCUCCCACCUGGAGGAGGUGCGCUGCUUCAGCCUCCCUGGCAGGCCUGGCAUCGAGAGCACAAGUGCGACACGUGUGACUGUUCUUCUGACGAAACUGAGCUGUGAUCGCUUGGCUGUGGGCACUGAGGGUGGUGGAAUCCACUUCCUGGAGCUGCCCACUUUCUCACUGCUGAACAAGUCACUGUUCCAAGAUGAAAUCAUACAGAGCCUUCCUGAUAGUUACAAGUGUGGGAAGUCUCUGGGACCAGUGGAGUCCCUACAGGAGCAUCCCCAGCAUCCGGACAAAAUCCUUAUCGGUUAUAGUAGAGGCCUUGUCGUGCUCUGGGACUUCCAAAGCCGACAUGUAGACAACCUCUUCCUUGGAAAGCAGCAGUUGGAGAGCUUGGUCUGGGUUCGAUCUGGGAACAGCUUUGUCAGUUCCCAUAGUGAUGGUGGAUACAUGGUGUGGCCUGUUAGUAGCAGCACCGUCUGCACCAGUGAACCCAUCUCUUCCACUAUACCAUAUGGCCCGUUUCCCUGCAAAGCUGUGAACAAGAUCUUGUGGAGGACCACCCAGUCGGGAGCUCCGUUGGUGCUGUUUAGCGGCGGCAUGCCUCGAGCCAGCUACGGUGACAGACACUGUUUAACAAUACUGCAGGACAGCACACAUGUUACCCUGGACUUCACUUCGCGAGUCAUUGACUUUUUCACCAUCCAUUGCACAGAUAGAGACAUGGAGUUUGAUGAGCCCUCUGCCCUUAUUGUGCUCCUGGAGGAGGAGUUGGUGGCAAUUGAUCUUCAGACACCUGGCUGGCCCACCAUUCCUGCCCCAUAUCUGGCACCUCUACACUCCUCUGCCAUCACAUGCUCCUACCACAUCUCCAGUGUGCCAAUCAAGCUUUGGGAGAGGGUGGUGAGAGCUGGGCAGCAGCAGUGUCCUCUGCAAACACGCUCGAACUGGCCUAUAUGCGGGGGAAAGAACUUGGCACCUGAUUCAAAACAGAAAGAGCUGCUGCUGACUGGGCACGAGGAUGGCACGGUACGCUUCUGGGAUGCCUCAGGAGUGGCACUCAGACCUCUCUACAAGCUGAGCACAGCCAACAUCUUCCAAACUGACUGUGAUCACAACGACGGCCUGACCCAAGCCAGUGAAGAGGAGUGGCCUCCAUUCCAAAAGGUGGGCUGCUUUGACCCUUACAGUGAUGACCCCAGACUAGGAAUCCAGAAGAUCUGCCUGUGCAAAUACAGUGGCAAGCUGGUGGUAGCUGGUACUGCAGGACAGGUGAUUGUGAUGUACUUGUGUGAUGAGAAAUCUGAGCACAUGAUCAAUGUGAUCACCAUGGACCUCCUUCAGGACCGGGAAGGUUUCACAUGGAAGGGUCAUGACCGGCUGCCAGAGAAGUCUGGCUCUGUGGUGUUCACUCCUGGAUUCCAGCCUGUAGUCCUAGUGCAGUGCAUGCCCCCUGCGGCGGUUACCGCGGUGACGCUGCAUGCUGAGUGGAACCUUGUUGCUUUUGGCACCAGUCAUGGCUUUGGACUCUUUGACUACCAUCGCCGUAGCCCUGUGCUGGCAAGGUGUACACUACAUCCCAAUGACUCUCUGGCUAUGGAGGGACCUCUUUCACGAGUCAAGUCCCUGAAGAAGUCGCUCCGUCAGUCAUUCAGGAGGAUUCGCAAGAGUAGGGUAUCUGGGAAGAAACGUGUGUUGGUCAGCAGCCCGUCUAGUAAAGUCCAGGAGGCUAACGCUCAGCUAGCAGAGCAGGAUGCUGAGGUGACACCAGUACAGAGACGGAUCGAGCCCCGUUCAGCCGACGAUUCAUUAUCGGGGGUGGUGCGCUGUCUCUGCUUCGCCGAUACUUUCCUACGAGACGGAACACACCAUGGCCCUACCAUGUGGGCUGGGACAAAUUCUGGCUGCGUAUAUGCUUAUGCCCUGGACGUACCUUCACAGGAGAAGUUCUCCGAGCGGAGUGUUGAAGCUUUGCUGGGGAAAGAGAUCCAACUCAUGCACAGAGCUCCAGUUGUGUCCAUUGUUGUGCUGGACGGCCGGGGAAACCCUCUGCCUGAGCCUUAUGAGGAGUCAAGAGAUCUGGCUAAAGCUCCUGAUAUGCAGGGCAGCCACUCGGUCCUGAUUGCCUCUGAGGAGCAGUUUAAGGUGUUCACGUUGCCGAAAGUCAGCGCAAAGACCAAAUUCAAGCUGACCGCUCAUGAGGGCUGCCGUGUACGGAAGGUGGCUUUAGUGAACUUCUGCAGUGCUGCUUCGGAGGACUACUGUGAAAAUGGCCUAGUGUGCCUGACCAAUCUAGGGGACAUUCACGUGUUCAGCGUGCCUGCGUUGAGGCCGCAAGUGCGAUAUGACUGCAUCCGAAAGGAAGACAUAAGUGGCAUUGCGUCGUGUGUGUUCACGAAGACUGGGCAAGGGUUUUAUCUGAUCUCGCCGUCUGAGUAUAAAAGGUUCUCUCUGUCUGCACGGGUUAUCACUGAACCUCAGUGUUGGGUGGAUGUAGAUCGACCUUACCAACCUUCUGAACAUGAUUUGUGUAUGCCAGUACUGCCUCAGGCCAAUGGCACGUACAAAACCCAAUCGCCAGGAGAGAGCAAAUUUGCAGAGCACGCUGAAGGCGUGUUUGAUGAAAUGCAGAGUGCUUUAUCCUCUCCUGGCCUGGAUUCCCCAAACAGCAGUGCUGAUAUCACACUGGACACAACUGGAGAGCUCACUGUAGAGGAUGUGAAAGAUUUCCUAGGGAGUGUGGAUGAGGCUGAAAAUAACCUGAGGAAUAUGAGUGAGGAGGAUGGGCGGCUUCCUGGAAUUCUUAUCAACUGAUAAGUGGCGACAACUGGAGGGGAAGGCUGAUGGAGGAGAAUUGGUGGAAAUUCCCUCGUUAUGUGCAAUUGGACCUUGAGGAAGAGGAAUUACUUCAAGAGGAAGAUGCUCCACUCUUCCCUUUUCACUCUUUGCCCUCGCCCUCAUUUUCUCCAGUUUCUUACUCUCCGCUAACAGAUUUCUGUACGUGUGUGGGUCUGUACACCAGUUCUUUCCAGCUUGAGAGCUACUUGCGUGCAUUUAAAAAGGGUAGAUCAGAAAUAUUGCGCAGCAUGCAGGAAAGAGGCUGUCGGAAUACUUGCACUGACCACAUCUUUGGUAUUUUUUUCUCCCCCCUUUCCUAUUGCACACAUUCCUCUUUUCUUGUGUCAUGAUGCCACUUUGCUUGUCUUUUCACUGUGUUUGCCAGUAAGAGGCAUGAAGUGAGUAUAAAUGUGUCCUGCUUCUCAGCAGCCUUCUCAAUGCUAUCUAUAAUACUGUGAUGGUUUCUUCCAACAAAUCAGGAGGCCAUUGAAAUGUUCAGCUUAUGGACCCUGUGGGUUUGAUCAGAAUCUUGUGGUGUUCCUUUUUAAUGUCUCCUAAAACCACUUGCCAUUGUAAGUAAUAUUGAUAAUUAACUGUGAACUGUAGUAUUUGAAGGAGCAUGGUGUCUAAUCUUAGAAGCAUUAAUCAUUAAUUAGCGAGUAUUGAGCGUUGUUUUAUUACUCGUAACCAUAUUAACAAAAAUGAAGAAACUAAUAAUUAUGGGUUUCCAUGUAACAUUUGAUAGGAUAAUUUUAUACUGCCUAUAAAUUUUGUAUUUUUUUUUUUUUUAAGAUUUAGGAAAUUAAGACUUUCUAACAUUGUGGGUGAUCAGUUGGGCUGGUGGUGUGACACAAAGUGCAGUUUAUAUGGUUGAUGCAGCGAUCUCGAGGGAAGCCAAAUGAAAGUACACAUGUUUGCAGUUUAGGUAAAUCAAGGCUUUCAAUGUCAGUAUGAAUGUUUUAUAUACCCAUUUUAUAAAUGAAGCGUCACGUUUUCAAUCCACAGCUUAGUAACGGCUAGAACUUGUUGAAUUUCCCCGGUGUAAUUCCUGUUUUUAUAUCUAAGGGAACUCACUAAUGUAGUUGUUCAAUUAAUCUUCUGUCUAUUUUUCUUCACUAUGUUACACCUGCCACCUGGCCUGUGAAUCUGUAUUUAAUUUUUGUGUAGAAAUGUAAUUAUAGAUAUGACUAUGCUAAUGAACAAUGUUAAUAAAGUAUUUACUCGUU